UAGAUUUUAUUGACUGAUGGGAAAAUCUCACGCAUUAACCAAUUACAAUAAAGCAAAAGAGUAAUUUUAAGUUUUAAACGUAUUUUCUCCGCACAUGAAAAAUGACUAUCUAGAAAACCAUAAAUUAUGAACCAAUUCAAAAUAAGGCAACAUGGUAGUUGAGUAGAUUAUAAAAAUUGCAUCUUUUCACGGCCUAAAGUCAAGACCUGUACUUUAAUGGUCCUUUUGCGUUCCACCUGGCGUCCACGUGGCUCACACCAUAUAUCCCAUUUUGACGUGGCUGUGUAUUUUAAGCCCUCUGUCCCUCAGAGAAGUAGCCAGCGUUCUCUCCCCCCAUUGCUCCUCCAUAUCAAAGCUUUGUCAUCAGAAGAAGAAAUUGUUCAGAUGGGAAAGAAGCUUGAUGCGUUGCUUGGAAGAAGCUUCAAGACCACCAGGUGCAGAGCUCUUGUCAAUUUGGCCAUCUCUCGCCUCGCUGUGCUUGCAAACCAGCGCCAGGUGAGGUCCUCUCAGGCUCACUCUGAUGUUAUUCAGUUACUAAAGCUCGGCCACCAGGAGAGAGCCCUCUUUCGUGUCGAGCAGGUGAUCAAGGAGCAGAAACUGCUGGAUGCUUAUGCCAUAAUAGAGAGUUACUGCGAGGUUGUAGCAGAAAGAAUCAAGCUCCUUGAAAAAGAGAGAGAAUGUCCAGAGGAACUGAAGGAGCCAAUAUCUGGUUUGAUCUUUGCAUCUUCUAGAUGUGGGGAUUUCCCAGAGCUUCUUGAGAUUCGUUCAGUCAUUACCAGUCGUUUUGGCAAGGAGUUUACUGCUCGAGCUAUUGAGUUACGCAACAAUUGUGCUGUGAGUCCAAUGAUAGUGCAGAAGCUAUCAGUGAGGCCACCAAGCUUGGAGAUUAAAUUGAAGUUACUAAAACAAAUUGCUUCUGAGAACGGCAUUACUUUGAAAAAUUUGGAAGAUUAUGGAGUUCCAACUGAGGUGCAGAAAAAAGUUGAGGUAGAAGAGAAGCAGGAACAGCCACAGCAGGAAACCAAAGAGGAAGGGGUGUUGCAGAGUUUACCUGAAGAGAUAGAGAAAGACGAUCGGUACGCUGAUUCAAUGAGAGGAAGAAAGAAGUACAAGGACGUGGCAGACGCUGCUCAGGCAGCUUUCGAGUCAGCUGCUUAUGCGGCGGUUGCGGCGAGAGCUGCCGUGGAACUCGCUCAAUCUAAAUCACUCGAUCGUGAUGAUCCGAGUAGUCUGAGUCCACGACCAAGAAGAUCAUCUGAAACUCAAGAAUCCAAGAACACUGAGAUUGAAUUAGAAUCAGAAAACAAGGAAACACUCGGUGGAAGCACUUCUAUAGAAGUAGAGGAGAGUGAAAAUGCAAUAGAAUUGAAGCAGCCAGUGUCAUCUUCUAGUUCGGAAUCAGGGGAUGCUAGUUCAAAGGAAAAUGAGAUUCCAAUUGAAGCAAUAAAUGUAAUCGAACUGCUGGAGAAGGAUUUGGUUUUUGACGAGAGUGAUGUUGAUACUGGGAAUGGAGAAAGCAUCAGUCCAACAUUUGAGGAGAUAAAUUCGAGCAUCCAGUGUCGUGAGAAGAUGGAAUCAGAGUCUGCAGAGAUCACAACACACAUUGAGGAAUCUGAUAACAAGAAUACUACACAAAAUCUAAGCAUAGGGGGGAAUGAGGCUGUUUUAAGGACCAUAGAAGUGCGUGGACACUGAAGAGCUUGAAUCUUUUGUAUCUUGGCGCCUGUUUAAAGCUAAUAAAUUUUGGGAGUGUAGGAAUUAUUUAUUUGAAGAACCUUGAGCUGAUCUAGUGUGUAGACAUUUAAGUUGCAGAGUAUUGAUUCUUAAUGUAUUGAAAUAUUUGGCAUUUAUUUUC